AUGUCAGGUCGCAAAGAUGGGGGUGACUCCUCCAGCGACUCUGCGGCGGAAGACAGAAAGAUGUCAAGAGAAGAGCUCGUGGCCCUGAGGACGCAAGUUAGUUCGCUGACGGAUCAGAUGAGCCAGCUAAUGUCGCUAGUGGAACAUACCAUGAAGGCAAGCAAGAGGGAGGAGCCAGCUGGCACCAUGGAGGGUGCCGCUGAUCGCGGCGAUGCUAGGGAGAGCGCCGCCGCGGAGUCCACGAACGCCGAAGGAGGGGCACCGUGGACCGGGAGUGCGCAGUACGGGAGGUACCUGCGCGAACCUGUUCGAGAGUCUCGCCCGUCAUGGCGACACAGCGGCGAAGCAGGGGGCUUUGUCCCCCAAGAGGUGAGAGUAGCCGCUGCUCACAACCAAGAUUAUAGUAGUGCCAUGGGAGAUGGUGGUGCUGCUGUUGGCUUUGGAUACGGAGCCACAACCCCAGCGACGGGGUACCAAAGUGUGCGGUACACUUCUCCUCCGUUCAGCGGGAAAUCGAAAGAUUUCAACGAAUGGCUAAAUGAUUUCCGCAUGGCAGCUAAUGGCGCAAACCUGUUGGAACAAUUUGAAGAGAGCGGGAGCUUGGAGAUCCCCGUCAACAGCGGAAAGAGCAAGUUUUCGCUGUCACAGCAGUACCGGAGCGAGCAAGUAGAGCUCGCAUUCCACGCGUGGAACUUCCUGUCUCACGCGUUGAAAGAAAAAGAUCGGAAAAUCAUGAAGAGGGCAGAGACGCCCCAGGGAGCUCUUCGUGAGCUCAAGACCAUACACGACCCUGAAUCAUCUGUACAGCCGUCAGCGAACCCAAGUCCCUGACGUCGACCAAGAUCUAGAGGUGAAA